AUGGAUCACAGAGGUCUUUAUUGUCCAGCCGAGUUGGACGUGCUGUAUCAAGAUCGGAAUAGGUCAGAGACUACAAUCUGUCUCCCAUCACCCUCACCUGCAAAGCGGGGAUCAUCUUACUACCCAAAGGCCGGCGCAAAGUUCCUCGAAGAGUCUAAUCUCGAUCCCUUCUACCUGGAGGAAUCAUUGGCCGCUACGCCAUCGUGGAAUCCUUACACAUCGGAUAUGCGCAAUGAUAGUUUUGAAGACGAAAGCCAAUACUAUUCUCUGUCCCUGACCCACAACAAGGACAUCCACAACCCUUUACAGUACCCUGGACCUGAUCGCUCCACGCUGGCUCAGGUGGAGUUGGAGAACAGCUUGAGAUUCCACCGAUACACUCCCUCAACGGAGGAACACAGUCCGCUCCACAGCAGCCACGUAUCGUUCAGCUCCGUUCAUACAGACAGCACCACUCCCGACUUGACGCCUAGCAGCUCCUUUUCUUCUGCCUACGAUUCACCUAGUUGCACCGACGCCGUCUUUGAGGCGACUCAGCAGCUGUACGAGCACGCAAACCAGGUCCAGAUUGAGCCCCGUCGCCGGUUCUAUCUCCCUGCAUCUACACCACCUGCUUACUCUCUUCCCCCUCCCCCACCGGUCCCUCCUUUCACACCGGCGGAUGCUCGUCCAACCACGCCUUGCUUUCAACAAUCGAACGACUCUACCACUACUAUCACCAUGGGCUACGAGGACGCUACAGCGUCAUGCUCAUCGCGGACUCGCCGCAGGAAGCAGCCUCCAGCCGUUCUGAACCUGUCGCGCGCCGCGAGCUUCCACAACACAUCACGCCGCAAGCAAUCUAGCCCGGGAACACGCCCACCACUCGACGCUUCCAUGAUCUCCCCUCCAUCCCUGAUCAAUCCUGUCACCAUGGAGCCUCAUAUGACCCACUUUGACCACCCUCUUUUCAUCCCCGCCAACGACUGCGCUAGUCCAGUUCCUAGCCCUGUGGCUAGCUCUCCGCCCAUCUCUCGCCAAUGGACGGCAACCUCGAUGGAGCGGCCAUCGAUCUCUACCAUUGAUGUCUUCUGCGAGCAGUCAGUCUGGGAGUCCGACUCCGAGUCUGAGUCUGCAGGCCGUAAAUCAAUGUCUCGCCGCCCCAUAGACACGCUACGGAAAGUUCGCAGCCGCGCUAAGCUUCGUGGCGCCAAGUCCCAGCCCAAACUUCAUCAAGCUAUGCUCGAUGGGCAGACAUUUGAGCAAUUUCCACGCAUGUCAGAGGAUAUCCUGGGAGAGCCUAUCCCAGAAGCAUUCCGUCCCAGCAUGGAUCGCCCCAGCACUAGCAAGGAUGGUGUGCGACCGAAAGAUGGCUUGAACACACUGCGUCUCGUUGCCCCCUCCUCCACCUCUCUGACUCGCCCUCCUCGCUCGCGCAAGAAUAGCAGUACCAACAGCUCCGACGUUGACCGAUCUGCUGCUGCUGCUUUCCAAGCACAGUUCCGGCGCCGCCAGCGUUCUGACUCCCCUACAUACUCAAACAAUUCCAACUCUGAGCAGGGUGAAGAGGAGAAGUUGACCUCGUUCUGCUACGACCUGUACUCCCAAGCCCCAACCAACUUUCAAGCCCCCACCAAUGGAGUUCGCGAGCAGCGGCCCCUCUUCCAGCGAUUCAUGAGCUCCCUACGUUCAUUGAAUUGCCAGAAGCCCCAAAAGUCCCACAAGAAGACGAAUGUUACUACUAUCUGA